CCUUGUCCCCCACUCUCUCGACCCCACAGAUGCUCCGGGCCCCGGCCCCUGCCCCAGCUAUGGCUCCUGGGGUCCCCUGGAAAAGCCCCAGCCCUGUCUUGGCUGUGCUGCUCUUCUCUUCCUUGGUGCUGUCCCCAGCCCGGGCCAUUGUGGUUUACACGGACAGGGAGGUCCAUGGUGCUGUGGGAUCCCAGGUGACCCUGCACUGCUCCUUCUGGUCCAGUGAGUGGGUCUCAGAUGACAUCUCUUUCACCUGGCGUUACCAGCCUGAAGGGGGCCGAGAUGCCAUUUCGAUCUUCCACUAUGCCAAAGGACAGCCAUACAUUGACGAGGUGGGGGCCUUCAAAGAGCGCAUCCAGUGGGUCGGGGAUCCUCGAUGGAAGGAUGGCUCCAUUGUCAUACACAACCUAGACUACAGUGACAAUGGCACUUUCACAUGUGAUGUCAAAAACCCGCCAGACAUAGUGGGCAAGACCUCUCAGGUCACGCUCUAUGUCUUUGAAAAAGUGCCGACCAGGUACGGAGUGGUGCUGGGAGCCGUGAUCGGGGGCGUCCUCGGGGUGGUGCUGUUGCUGCUGCUGCUUUUCUACCUGGUCCGGUACUGCUGGCUGCGCAGGCAGGCGGCCCUGCAGAGGCGGCUCAGUGCCAUGGAGAAGGGCAAGUUGCACAAGUCUGCAAAGGACUCGUCGAAGCGUGGGCGGCAGACGCCCGUGCUGUACGCCAUGCUGGACCACAGCAGAAGCACCAAAGCUGCCAGCGAGAAGAAGUCCAAAGGGCUUGGGGAUUCUCGCAAGGAUAAGAAAUAGCGGUUAGCGGGCCGGGCAGGGGGUCGGGGGUCAGGGGCGGAGCCCUCCAAAGGCGCUCAGGUGGUGGUCAUCGAGAUGGAGCUACGGAAGGAUGAGCAGAGCUCGGAGCUCCGGCCUGCUGUCAAGUCCCCCAGCAAAACCAGCCUCAAGAACGCCCUCAAAAACAUGAUGGGCCUGGACUCGGACAAGUGAUCACCAGCCCCAGGCCCUGCCAGAGCAGGGGGACCUAGGCUCCUCUCAUCCCCCGUCUAGGUGCUUUCCUCCCUUGCUCCACAGCCCCUGCCCUGCCCUCACUUCCUUUGAGAUGUAAGUUUCAUUCCAAAAUUCAUUCCCAAGCACUUGUAUUCUCCCCCAUUUCACACCCUGGGUUUCUAGGAGCCCAGAGCUAAUCGUACCCUGUACCUGCCCAAAGGACUGCGUGUUUGGUGCCUGUCUCUCUGGCACCAAGAAGAAAGGGACCUUGACAGCCGUUGUCUGAACUGCAGGCCACCUGGCCUUCCCAUCCCUUGCACCACAGCCUGACCCCUCUGGCUCCACCCCUCCCCUUCCCUCCCCUCCCCCCUCUUCCCCUCUCCUCCCCUCCCCUACUCUCCCCCUCCAUCAGGUGGCCCAACUGUGCAUUUAUGUUCCCACUAACACCCAGGUCACACAGAUCAUACUCUCUUUCAGGGUUUAUUUAGGUUAUUGAUUAUUUUUUAUUUUUUAAUCCAUUCUUUGUUUGUUUGUGUACCUGUGCCCAUGCUCUGCCCUGACCCCCAUGACUGAGGACCAAUGACGUCAUGUGGCUUUUGCAGUCUCCCUCCUAUAAAGUCCUUCAUGGAGAGCCAAUCCCAAAACAAGAGCCCCCCACCCUCAGCCCUCAGCUGCAAGUUGGAUGCCCCACCCUCCCACCCACCCACCACUGGAGUGCAGUUCUGAAACUCAAGAUCCUGAGAAAAGAGAGAAGCAAUGGAUCCUCACAGAUCCAGGGUGAAGCAGAGGGCAAAUAAGCCUCCAAAAAAUGGCUUUAAACAACCAAACAGAAGGCAGGAAAAACAAAUGAGAAAUAAGGGGCAAAGGAAGAGACUGCACUCCUAGCCACAGGGGAUUCUUAGGAAUUUUUCUACAUUCUGUAUAUUUCUUCUCAAACCUCCAAAUGUCCUUAAAUGUUUAAUAAACACUGACCUUUCCAGAAGCAGC